ACGGGUCACAUGACCGCUGGCUCGUGGUUUCUGCGCGGGGCAUCCCCGGCCUCCUGUCUCCGCGGGCCGGACGGGCGAUGGCGAACGUGGCCAAGAUGGUGUCGUGGUCCGGCCGGGAGGGCGAGCCGGAGGGCCAAGGGGAGGCCACGCCGCUGCUCAACGGCACGGGCGGAGGGGCAGCCGCCCCGCCCCGCCAGCUCACCCCGUCCUCCUCUUCCUUGCGACUCGGGCGCAUGAGCUACGUGGAUCUCGAUGACGAACACGAACCAGAAAUGGAUCCGCCUCGGGCGCACCCCAGCGAGAUCCCUCACAGCGAGAAAGUCCUCUCUCUCAAGUACGAGAGCUUAGACUAUGACAACUGUGAGAACCAGCUGUUCUUGGAUGAAGAGAAGAGGAUCAAACAUACGGCGUUCCGGACGGUGGAGAUUCGGCGGUGGGUCAUCUGCGCCAUGAUCGGGAUCCUUACCGGCCUGGUCGCUUGCUUCAUCGACAUUGUGGUGGAAUACAUUGCUGGGAUGAAAUACAAAGUGGUGAAGGGCAAUAUUGACAAAUUCACCAAGACAGGCGGCUUGUCCUUCUCUCUGCUGCUCUGGGCCACUCUAAACGCGAGCAUUGUGAUGCUCGGGGCUGUUAUCGUUGCUUUUAUUGAGCCUGUGGCAGCUGGUAGCGGAAUACCUCAGAUCAAGUGUUACCUCAAUGGAGUUAAGAUCCCCCACGUGGUCCGGUUGAAGACACUGGUGGUUAAAGUCUGUGGUGUGAUUUUCUCUGUGGUCGGAGGCCUGGCGGUUGGAAAGGAAGGGCCGAUGAUUCACUCUGGAGCUGUCAUCGCAGCUGGCAUAUCUCAAGGCCGGUCAACUUCUCUGAAGAGAGACUUCAAGAUCUUUGAAUAUUUCCGGAGGGACACGGAGAAGAGGGAUUUCGUCUCUGCUGGAGCUGCUGCUGGCGUGUCGGCUGCCUUUGGGGCUCCUGUCGGUGGCGUCCUGUUCAGCUUGGAGGAAGGCGCUUCUUUUUGGAACCAGUUCCUGACCUGGAGGAUUUUCUUUGCCUCCAUGAUCUCCACCUUCACCUUGAACUCCAUCCUGAGCAUUUACAAAGGGAAUCCCUGGGAUCUGUCCAGCCCAGGACUCAUCAACUUCGGCCGGUUUGACUCCGAGAAGAUGGGGUACACUUUUCAAGAAAUCCCAAUCUUCAUAUUCAUGGGAGUGGUGGGUGGAGUUCUUGGAGCCAUGUUCAACGCCUUGAACUACUGGCUGACGAUGUUCCGAAUCAGGUAUAUCCACCGGCCGUGCCUGCAGGUCAUCGAGGCCAUGCUGGUGGGCGCUGUGACAGCAGCUGUGGCCUUUGUCAUGAUCUACACCUCGGCAGACUGCCAGCCCCUGCAAGGAAGCGGCAUGGCCUACUCUCUCCAGCUCUUCUGUCCUGAUGGCGAAUACAACUCUAUGGCUGCCGCCUUCUUCAACACGCCGGAGAAGAGUGUCGUCCGCCUUUUCCAUGACCCCCCAGGGACGUACGACCCCAUGACUUUGGGGCUCUUCACCUUGGUGUACUUCUUCCUGGCUUGUUGGACCUACGGGCUAACAGUUUCGGCAGGCGUCUUCAUCCCCUCCCUGCUGAUCGGGGCCGCCUGGGGCCGCCUGUUUGGCAUCUGUCUCUCCUACAUGACCAGCGGCUGGAUUUGGGCCGACCCAGGGAAGUAUGCCUUGAUGGGAGCCGCAGCACAGCUAGGGGGCAUUGUGAGGAUGACGCUCAGCUUGACGGUUAUCAUGAUGGAGGCGACGGGCAACGUCACCUACGGCUUCCCAAUCAUGCUGGUGCUGAUGACGGCCAAGAUUGUGGGGGAUUAUUUUGUCGAGGGUUUGUAUGACAUGCACAUCCAGCUUCAGAGUGUCCCGUUCCUGCACUGGGAAGCCCCUGUCACAUCCCACUCGUUUACCGCCAGAGAAGUGAUGAGCACCCCAGUGACCUCCCUCCGAAGGAUUGAGAAAGUGGGCGUCAUUGUGGACAUCCUCAGCGAUACGUCGUCCAACCACAACGGGUUCCCUGUGGUGGAGAGCAUUCCAGGCAGCGAUCAGGUAGCGGGACUGCGAGGCCUGAUCCUGCGCUCCCAGCUGAUUGUUCUCCUGAAGCACAAGGUCUUCGUGGAGAGAGCCAACCUAUCCCUGGUUCAGCGGCGGCUGAAGCUGAAGGACUUCCGGGACGCCUACCCCCGCUUCCCCCCCAUCCAGUCGAUCCACGUCUCCCAGGACGAGCGCGAGUGCAUGAUGGACCUGACUGAAUUCAUGAACCCCUCGCCUUACACCGUGCCCUUGGAAGCCACCCUAACGAGGGUUUACAAGUUGUUCCGGGCCCUGGGCUUGCGCCACCUCGUGGUGGUGGAUAAUCAUAACCAGGUGGUUGGUCUGGUCACACGGAAGGACCUGGCCCGAUAUCGGCUGGGGAAGGAAGGCUUGGAGGAGCUGCCCCUGGCGCAGACGUGACUUUGCCGCUGGGUUGCGGACCUUGCUGUGCACCAGGCUCUCGCCAGCCUCCCGGCACCGUUGCCUUUGGGAGACCGCGGAGGUGAAGCCAAACCCCGAAACGCCCGGCCUGUGGAGUCCCGCACUUCGCUGUGUCCCCGGCCUCUCCUCCUUGUCGCCAUUCUCAUCUUUCUUCAACAUUGCGCUCCUCUCACCAUCCUGACCUUAUCUUCUCCGCACGGGACUGCAGAUAGGCUGUGUACAACUGUUUUGGGGUCCCCUGGGGCUUCAGGAGAGGCGUCCCCCACAAUUGGAGAGAGGCAGCUGCCUGGGAGUCCCUAUCUCUGUUACAGACCUGGGCUGGGAGGUGUGUGUGUGUGUGUGUGUGUGUGUGUGUGUGUGUGUGUGUGUGUGUCCAUUUCUGACCAAGCUUCCUUCCUCUGGCCCAGCUCUUGCCAACCGUGCCUUCCGAGACUCGCUACCCCAUCCCCUUUGUCAAUCCUGCUGUGCAAAAAAAUGCUCUGAGCAAUGUGCUGGACUGGAGAUCGUGGCUGGCAUUUCCUGGGAACCGUCGCAACGCACCUCCCAUGCAGCUCAAUGUUGUUGUUUUUUAACUUGUGUGUAAAGCGAGGGAGCGGUGACUGAACUGUGGUCCUCCUCCAUAUCGCUGCUGGGACACCCCCCCCCCUAAAUCUCCUAUCAGCCCCAGCCAAUGUGGCCAGUGAUCAGGGCUGGUGGGCACUGGAGCUCAACAAGCUGCCCCUGAUUUCACGUUACUAGGUACGUUGACAGAAUUGGGCAGCGCGAGGGUGGCGUUUUCCCAUGCCAGCCACUACACCGAGAGCUCAUCAUCCCAGUAGUGAAACUGUGGCAGCUGGUCCAACACUUAGCAAUGUCCCAGCCCUGCUCCCUUACCCUUUGAUCUCUCUUCCUCCCAAAUCCCUCACAUCUCCUCUGGCUUCCCCAGCUCCAGGCUGAGAUUGUGGGGAGUCCUCACGGCUCUUGUUCCCUCUGGAUCUGCAGGUUUGAAGAGCUUGCGCCCCUGGGCUUGUGUACAGCCCCUUCUCCUCACCUGCCACUCCCAGGCGGAGAGAGUUCCUAGUAGGUUCCUAGUAGGUUCAGAGGUUCUUUCUCUCCCCGUCCCCCCGCCCCUUACAAACAGCAGCCUGCCUUUGUUCAUGGUUUGUUCGGAACCACUUUCUCUCCCCCACCCCAGUCCUAAUUCUCACACUGCCUUGCGCCUGUUUGCAUUUUUAGCUGAUGGUAGGGAAGAUUACAGCGGAGGCCAGUCCGGUAGGGCAAAUUGGGAGCUGCCCCGCCAACAUCAGCUUGCAAAACCCCUGCCUGCCUUCUUACAGGUAAUCCUGUCUGUGUUGGCUUACUCCUCUAUGCUCAGCUGGAAGACUUAGCUAGAAAUAGCUGGCUGGGCUUGUCUCUGGCCUUGGCAUCACCUACUGUUGGGCCCCCUGCCAAAAUUUUGCCCAUUGGGCUCCAGACACCACUGGAAAAGAGAAGUAAAGGCCAAGCAGCUUGAAGGCACACCCUUAUUGGCAGGAAGGGCAGGUGAGCUGGACGAGUGGCGUUUUGGCAAGAAGAACCCAGUUUAACAAGCUGCCGGCCCAAACCAACGUGCCCACUUCAACCUGAAGCAGCCUGUUUCUCGUCCCCAAGGACUGGGGCCUCCUCUUUUCAGCCUCUGUCUACAUGUGGACGUGCUUGCCCAGAGCCUAGGGAGGGAGGAAAGGAAUCUUCGGAGGACUUAGCAAAGGGCAAACGGGCCUCCCUAAACUUAGAGCAAGGUUUUCCCUGUUUUGGACCACAACUCCCAUCAUCCCUAGCUAGCAGGACCCAGUGGUCAAGGAUGAUGGGAACUGUAGUCCAAAAGCAGCUGGAGAAGCCCUGGCUUUACAGCAGGCAUAGGCAAACUCUGGCCCUCCGGAUGUUUUGGAACUACAAUUCCCACCAUCCCUAGCUAACAGGACCAGUGGUCAGGGAUGAUGGGAAUUGUAGUCUCAAAACAUCUGGAGGGCCGAGGUUGAGGAAACCUGCUUUACAGUCUUGGUGUGAGGGGUGUUAGCAACCAGCAGGCCCAAUUCCUGGCUCCUAAUCCUUCCCCACAGCCAGCAGGCACCUGUCUCUGUUGUUUUCUAUCACAUGGAACACCUGGUGAAAGAGUUCUCUUUUUUUGUGCUGAAAUUAAAAAGGAAACUAUUUAUA